AUGUCAGAGAAAGUAAAGGGACUUGUGUCUAAGACUUUUAGUACAUCAUUUAAACAACAAGAGAUGAAAUCAUGUGUUCCAUUAUAUAGACCAUUAACAGUUAUUUUAUUUUUCUUAAUAACAGGAAUUAUUUUUAUUCCAAUAGGAAUUGCAGUGUUUGUAGUAACAAAUAAUUGUCAAGAAUAUUCAGUUAAAUACGUUGGAGAAGGAUCAGCAUUAACAUGUAAACAAGGAGCAACUUGUGAAUUUCAAUUUAAUAUUCCAAAACCAAUGAAAACACCAGUUUAUGUGUAUUAUCAAUUAACCAACUUUUAUCAAAAUCAUAGAGAAUAUUUACGUUCUCGUUCAAAUAAACAAUUAAAAGGAGAUCCUAUUUCUACAUAUUCUCAAUUAAGUGAUUGUACUCCUUUAAUAUCUCUUAAUAAUUCUAAAAAUCCUCAUAUGUUUUAUGAACCAUGUGGUUUAGUUGCUGCUUCUUUUUUCAAUGAUUCCUUUGAAAUUACAAUGCAACCUGAACAAGAAUCUUCAUCAGUUUUAUUAGAAUUAAAUAAAGAAAAUAUUAAUUGGAAAUCCGAUAAAAAAUUAUUUGGAGAACCUGCUGAACGUAAUGGAAUUAAAGUUGUUAAUUCUUACACUGAUCCUGAUUUUAUUAAUUGGAUGCGUCCUGCUGUUUCUUCUACUUUCCGUAAAUUAACGGGAAUUAUUGAAAAUGUUGAAGAAGUAAAAGGGAAUGUCACUGUUAAAGUUGUUAAUAAUUUCCCUGUUGAAAGUUUCAAAGGAACAAAAACAAUUAUUUUAGCUACUACUUCUGUUUUUGGUUCUAAAAACCCUGCAUUAGGAAUUAUUUAUAUGGCAACUGGUGGCGUUUUUGUAAUCAUUGCAAUUUUGUUAUUCAUUUUAACAAGAGUUUCACCACGUAAAUUUGCUGAUAAGAGAUUUCUUCGAUGGUAA